CGUAACAAAACGCACGUACGGCACCGAACAAGGAAGUGCAGUGCACAACGCCGGUGCUCGCCGUGAACUCUUGCUGUAGUUACAUUUUGAGUGAGUGAUAUUCAAGAGCCAUUUUUCCUCGUUUACUACACGGUUUGUGUUGAGAUUUCGCCCUCCUGCAAUGGAAAAUGCAAGUACAGACACGUUUUUGAUAACUGGGGGAUGUGGCUAUUUUGGUUAUCGCCUGGCAUGCUCCCUGCAUCAAAAAGGAGCCCAGAUCAUUCUGUUUGACACCGUCGCUCCAAAGCAAGAAGUGCCUGACAACAUUGUGUUUGUUCAAGGAGAUAUACGUGAGUAUGCACAAGUGGAGAAGGUCAUCGCUGGUGUGGACUGUGUAUUUCACAUCGCCUCCUACGGCAUGUCUGGCAGGGAGCAGCUGAACCGGCAUCUGAUUGAGGAGGUGAAUGUCCAAGGCACCAGGAACGUCCUGAAGGCUUGCGUUGAGCACGGAGUGUCCAGGCUGGUUUACACCAGCACCUUCAACGUGGUGUUCGGAGGCCAAGUGAUAAAGAAUGGGGACGAGAGCCUCCCUUAUCUACCUCUCCAUCUUCACCCCGACCACUACUCCAGAACCAAGUCCCUGGCGGAGAUGGCAGUGCUAAAAGCUAACGGCACAGCACUAAAGGACGGUUCGGGGGUGCUGAGAAGCUGUGCAUUGCGUCCAGCAGGAAUCUACGGCCCUGGGGAGCAGAGGCACCUGCCCAGAAUAGUUAGCUACAUAGAGAAGGGGAUCUUCAGGUUUGUUUAUGGGGAAGCCAGCAGCCUGGUGGAGUUUGUCCAUGUGGACAACCUGGUGUCAGCACAUGUGCUUGCCGCCAAGGCUCUGAUCUCAGAGAAGCAGCCCCGCUCUGCUGGCCAGGCCUACUUUAUCUCAGAUGGCAGGCCUGUCAACAAUUUUGAAUUCUUUAGACCUCUGGUAGAGGGCUUGGGCUAUCCUUUCCCCAAACUACGCCUUCCAAUCUCUCUCAUCUACUUUGUUGCCUUUCUCACAGAAAUGAUUCACUACCUCAUCGGGCCCUUCUAUAACUUCCAGCCACUGCUGACACGUACAGAGGUUUAUAAGACUGGCGUGACGCAUUACUUCAGCAUGGCAAAAGCCAAGGCUGAGCUCGGUUAUGAGCCCCAGGAGCACAACCUGGAUGAGGUUGUACAGUGGUUCAAAAGCCGAGGCCAUGGGAAAAAAACUCACUCCUCCUUCCUCAGUCAAUUAUUACUAAAUAUCCUGUUAGUUUCUGCCUUUGUUGUGGUGGUUCUCUCAUUUCUUCCAUCUGUUGGCAGUGGAUAAGCAACUAAAGCUACAAAAUGUAAUUUUGGCAUUUUCCAAAAUGCUAUACGCCCUGUGUCAAAACUGGUUUGGAACUAGUUUUUAUUUAUUUAUUAUAAAUGUCUUAAUAUGACUAUUGCGGGGUCAAUGGAUUCACAAAAUCAUUCAAUACUGACAGGUGCAUCAGACAAACACCAUUUUACACCUAUUACAUGUGAAAUGAAUCAUAUAGUCUCUGUACCUAAUGUCUUAGUUUAUAUGGCAGUUGUCACUGUCAGACUAUAUGUCAAAUGCUACCUCUUUUUCAGAACAGUUUUUGACAAACAGGUGUUGAAAGAACAUCUCUGGCGGAAAUAAAUAUUAAUGACCUAAUACAGACAUGUUUAAAUGCUGUUUUUGUGAAACUGACAUAAGAUACCAAGGAAUGUUUUGAAAACUGUAAUUAAUAAAUCAUGAAAUGGCAAA